CUUAACAUUUGACGUUUUAAUUUUUAAGUUUGGCAACAUAAUUUCGCAAUUUCUAAAAGAAAGUUUAGAUCGAUGGUGUAGGUAGCGAGGGUUUUUGCGAUUUAACAUAAUUUGUGAUAAAAGCACAGUGUUCGACUGCACCGCAGUUAUUCUUCUUUGCUUACGAGUGAUUUACUGAAAACUCAAAAUGGGCAAUGAAAACUCAAUUCCCAUGGAGCUCUGUUCCAACUCGCGUGUUAACUGCAUUGAUUUUAAGGUGGAGAACUUCGACGCCGAUGAGAUCCGGCGGCUGGGCAAGCGUUUCCGCAAGCUGGACUUGGACAAUUCGGGCGCCCUGUCCAUCGAUGAGUUCAUGUCGCUACCGGAGCUCCAGCAAAACCCGCUGGUGCAGCGCGUUAUCGACAUCUUUGACGCUGACGGCAAUGGAGAGGUGGACUUCAAGGAGUUCAUCCAGGGUGUGUCGCAGUUCAGCGUGAAGGGAGACAAGCUCUCUAAACUGCGCUUCGCUUUCCGCAUCUACGAUAUGGACAACGACGGGUUCAUCUCUAACGGAGAGCUGUUCCAGGUCCUCAAGAUGAUGGUGGGCAACAACCUGAAAGACACGCAGCUGCAACAGAUCGUCGACAAGACGAUCCUCUUCGCAGACCGCGACGAGGACGGCAAGAUAUCGUUCGAGGAGUUCUGUUCCGUGGUUGGCAACACUGACAUUCACAAAAAGAUGGUCGUCGACGUGUAAGGCGCUGCGGCCGGCUCCGUGUUGCUUCGCGUCUUCUUUGAGUUUGACACGGGGCCUCUUGGUCACUAGCCACACUGUGCUUUAGGAGUACUUAGUUAAGAGUCAAGUGUAAAAAUAUGGGUGCACACCGAACAUGUCGCGUAGCUCUUAUGUCAGCGAAUUAAGAACUAUGGGACAUAUUUUUGAGUAAGUUAUAUUCACCCAUAUUUUUACUCUUGACUGUACCUGAAAGAUCCUUAAAAUUAUUCCGAUCAAACAGACAAGGUUAAUCUAGAGUUAAGGUGCGUCCAUACCGCAUUUAACUUUUGUCGAGCAACACUGGUGCAACACAGUAACUUUAGGUGAGUUACUUACUGUUACACAGUGUUGCUCUAUAAAAGGUAACUGCGGUGUGGAUGCACCUUUAAGGUGCGUUCAGAUCUUGCAUUGCAUCUGUUUGCGAAAGGCUCGCUAAAUGCUCGUGUGCAUUACUUAGUACAUUGGGUGUCCUGACUUAGAUACCAACUUCGCCAUACUAGCUGUAUAGAAAAGUGGAUACUGUGUGUACCAUCGUCGUUACAGUUAAUUAACCUUAAGGAACCCUUAUUGCAACGAGAUAAGAUCCACCAACGAUCAGUUAACUGUAUCGCUGAUAGUACAGGGGGCCCUGUGCGAGCAAUUUGGACGGAUCUUUAACUAUCACCACACAUGAUGUUUUAACAUGACACAUUUAACCGAAAGCACAAAAAUAAAUUCAAACUACUUAGCAUCACAUUUAAAUUUAACUUUAUGCUUUGUACAAAGGAAACUUAUAUUCUUAUUUGUGACGUUUUCAACCAAAAGGUACCACAUUGUCGCUUGUCGAUAAGGUUGAUUUCUAAUUGAAGCUAUAUGGAAAUAGCACCUUACUGACAAGCGACAAUAAGUACCGUUUCGGUUGAAAAUGGCACAUUUGGUGAAUCUGAUUAAUGUAAUUUGGUAUGUAUAUUGUAAUUGUAUAGUCAGAUUCUCAAAGUCCAGUGUGGCGGGUCGCAGCGUCCCGUAGUAGCUAGAACACUAUUCAAUUGCGUCGGUCAGGGCGAGGUCGAUCAAAUCUAUAUCGAGAUAUCAAAGUACUUGGGCAGUUCUCGGCUAUGCUGUUUUUAACAAAAUUAAAUAUGACUCUCAAGAACGCUACAGCUUCAUGUCGGUGAUAAAGUUUUAUAGGUCAACAGAAACAUUUUUGCCGAUAUACGUAAAACUACACAUAUACAGUAAUCGUUUACUGUUUAUAAAGGUUUUAGAAGAAAUUUUAAACCCGGGUAACCUUAAGGUUAACCCGUGUACCUCGGUCCAGUUGCAAUAUGGAUUGUUUACCACAAAUAAAUGUCGAGAACUGCCGUUAGUCCGCGACCGAUGCUCCUAUCAUUAAAUCAUUAUGGUAACUCUUCCUAGCUUAAGUAAAACAUACAUUUUAAUAGUUAUACGAUGUCAUUAGAACUUUUAUCAUAGUCGAAACGUGAGUAGAUUUUUGUUUUAUAAUUUUGUUGCGGUAUAUUUUAGUCGGUAUUGUUAUUUAGUAUUUUAUUUCUGCAGUAGGUGUCGGUCGAGUCGCGCGGGCCGCCAGUAGGGCGGCUAACGAGCCGUUACAAACUAUAGUCAGGUGUUAGCGUAGCGAGCGGCGCGGCCGCGAUGCUAGCCCAUACAAUAUUAGCUGACGAUAUAUACGCUUAAUAUAAACAACGGGUGAUAUGUUGUCUCGUUUUCAAGUAAAAAGUCCUAUAGUUAGACCAAGAUAAGUCUGCAACGAUUUUGAUAGCACGUGUGCUAUCGUGCACUAUAGGUGCAGUGCAAGUGUUAUUUAUCUUUAUUUAUAAAAAUCAAUCCCUACAUCACUUGGUCACGUCAUCACGCGUGAACGGGUGGACCAAUUUCGCUAACUUUUGUUUUGUUGCGUUUGUUAUUGUCAAUAGAAGGUUCUUAUUAAAGAAAAAAAUUAAGACUGCAAAAGAAGAUAGAUAAUAUCAGUGAAACGAAGUUCGCCGGGUCAUCUAGUACGUCAUAAUUUCAUAGAAGUUUGACGUUUAAAAUAACAUUGUCACUGCGUGUGCUAUCAAAAUCGUUGCAGACUUAUCUUGGUCUAACUAUAGUAACGUAAGGCUUGAUUGUCGACAGUUAUGAAUUGACCCUUAAGUAUAGGUAAAUGAAGUUAAGGCUAUAUAUAAGGGUCAAUACGUAACUGUCUAAAAAUAAUUCUUACGUAACUUCGACAAUAAAUUGUCGGUCGCCAUUAGUAUUGCUUACAGGCAUAAAGAUUGCAUACUAAAAAUCCAUGUUGAUACCCGACAAUGUCUUUUCCUUGAAAUAGUCGCACAUUAGCCCGUAUAAAACCUUGUAUUUUCAGAGUUUCGGUGUUGUCUUGUAGCCUUUAUAUAAUCAUAUUAUAUGAACGCCUUGUAAUAUUGAAUGGGCAGUAACUGAGUACACGGGUAGACGGUUUAAUAAGACAGUUAGCUGCACGAUAACAGCAUAUAAUCUUUUCGACACGAUAUUUAUAUAUAUUACUUAUAGAGUAGCAGGUGUACCCGUGUACCCGCCGGGUGGGUACCCGAGGUUUUCAGAAAAAAAUGUACCAUUAACUUUUUUUUCGAAUUACUAACAACUUUUGGGUCAUUUCGACUCAGAAUCACGAGGAAGUGAUUCAAAACAAGAAAAAAAAGCGUUUCAAGUUUUUCAUACAAAUUUUAUGUGUUAGUUUUGUGACGGCGCAUAAAAAAUUAGAGACAAACCAAGAAAAUUCUGCAGAGAUUUUGACAGCACACGCAAUGCGGGUGUUAUUUUAAACGUCAAACUUCUAUGAAAUUAUGACGUAUAAAAAUAACACUGGAACUGCGUGUGCUGUCAAAAUCUCUGCACUUUUCUUGGUCUAACUCUAAAAUGCGUCACAAAACUCAAUUGUUUUCCUUUUUAAAUAGUCCUUGUGAUUCUGAAUAGAAAGAAUCCAAAAGUUAAAAAAAUAAAUACUUAGUACACUUUUUCCCGAAAAUUCCCACCCGUAUCGCGGCCGUCCUCUCAGUAUUUACUUCUACUAUACUAUACUGAUCUUAUCGCCUUAUCCGAAUUUUAUACAAUUAACUGUAACUUUUUAAUGUUAGCUUGUUCUAGUGUCCUUUACUACUGUAAUAUAAGGAUGCUGUCGUUUGUA